AUGCGGUGGUUGAUACUUUUGGCGAUAAAUUCUGUACUGCAAUUUGGUGAUAAUGCGCCUAUAGGUUCUUCGGAAGUUGGCGACCCGUCACCGUCGACUAUUCAAUCCAUGGGCAAAUAUUUUUAUAAGAACUCUUUCUUAGGUUUCUCGAUAGAGAAACCGGAAAAUUGGCAUUCGGCGAGUUUUGCACACACACGUGAUUUUAUUAAUGGCACUGUCACGCCGCUCUUGGCUAAAAACAACAUGUUGAUCAACGAUUCUGACACAACCAAAUCAGAACGGUCAACACUUUUCGUAUUCUCCAAACUUCCAUUAGGUAACUCGAACGGCAAAGGCAAUCCAAAUAUCGUAGCGAGCAUUGGAAAGGUGGAUGCACCACAGGGUGUGAUAAAUAGCUGUGAUUUUAUUGGUACUGUCUUAAGAAUUUUGAAUGGUCCAUUGAUACAGGCAAAGUUAAAUGGCGAUUGUCGGGAAGUUUAUCUGAAUGGAGAACAAUUUAGCGUGCAAGAAUGGACCACGCACAUGCUUAUGUAUUCAACUGUCUAUCAAAUGGGAUAUGUUAAAAUCAUGAAAAAUGACUAUAUUCUUUUGUUCAUACUCAGUUACACGGACCGUGCCAGUAAACGCGAGGUCUACAAUAUCAUGCGUAGUCUUACGUUUUCAAAAGAAUGA